AUGCUCGUCCGUCAGCCGAAGCACCUGAGGCUGAGCUUGACCGAAGUUGCACAACCUGCUAUGACCACACAUGUACCCUUUUUGCACGGCCAUCAACUUUGCCCUGACCUCGAUGUUCCCAGCUCUGGGGGAGUGACCCAGCAUAUCCCCGGUCAUCCAAGCAUUUCCUUGACUGAUUCCAAUGCCCUUGCGAGGUUUCUACGCAAGGAAUUCUGGGCGGCUGACCUGGAAGCCGUGGCUUCGAAAUUGUGGAUUUUAACAACACCAUCAAGCGCGAAUGUCCAUCCGCUCCACAGACAGAAGGUCCAGGGAAGGGAGAUCGUCGUGACGGAAGACCCACGUCUCCACCUGUUAUGGAUCAACAAUCGUAUCUUCAUCAAGCCACUACCGAUCUAUCUUGUGUCCCACUCUUUCUGGAUAUUUCUAUCCCAAGAUUCUUCGUUUGCUGAGCGGGCCCAGAUUCGUCGUGCGGCAAUGGGCUUCUUGCGGACAUAUCGCUAUCUCAUCCAACAUGAGUCCGAUCUAGUGAUUGCACAGCAAGACCACCUCCGGCUGGUGCCAACCAAUAUCAACUGGACGGAGUUGUCGAUUUUCUUGGCCGAUCUUGAGCAGAUGGAAGAAAUGCAGGCUUCGGCUCGAUAUCACUAUGGGGAACUCCGCCUAUCCCGGCUCAACAUCUACGCUCCCCUUUUGUUUGGUCGCUUUUACUAUGAACAUAUUCCCAUGCAAUAUGGCGAGUACUUUGCACGCCUCUAUGGACCCAUUCUGUUCAUUUUUGCCGUGGUGACGACCAUCUUAAAUUCCAUGCAGGUGGCUCUGGCAGCGAAUCCGGGCCAGGAGUCCUCUGGCUACUACCUGUGGGAUAUCUUCUACUGGUUCGCGAUCGUCACACUGCUGAUAACGGUCGUUGUCGGGUCCUCUUUGGUACUACUUUGGCUCGGAAUGAUCGUGAACGAGUGGAACUUUACGCUGAGGAAUCGACACAAGGCCCAGGAACAAAGCAUGAGCUGA